GUAAUCAUUACAUUAACAUAUUUUUAACUACAUAUUUCUGGUCGGCGAUUGGUCGGAAUCUACAUUUCUUCGCCGCCGUAACUUGCCGGAAUCUGGCCCACAAAUUCACUAUUUUCUUAUAUCAGCCCUAAGCUUACGCUUUUUAUUUUAUCUUUUCUCUGUAUAACUUAGCUUCCUCUUCUUUUCUUUUCUGUAGUAUUUUACACUACAGAUGUUCAUCACUGAAUUUUUUUUUUUUUUUAAUUUGUUUGAGAUCUGAAGCAAACUUGAUGAUCUGUGAAGCUUUUUGCGAUCUGGGUCUUCUUCAUUUCUUGCUCUGAUUCGAAUCUCAACAUGUAGAGCUGGUUUUUUGAGAGCUGGACUUUUUUUUAGGAUUAUGCUAUAGAUUUCAUUGAACAAUUGGGUUUGAAGUUUGAAUUCUGAGAUGGAAUCAAACAAAGAAGAAGCUCUUAGAGCUAAAGAGAAUGCUGAGAAGCUAUUUGCGGGAAAAGACUUUGCAGGGGCAAAGAGUUAUGCUUUAAAGGCUCAAAAGCUGUGCCCCAAACUAGAGGGUAUAUCUCAAAUGGUAGCCACGUUUGAAAUUUAUGCUGCUUCUGAGGUCAAAAUUAAUGGAGAAAUCGAUUUCUAUUCUAUUCUGGGAUUGCAGCAAUCUGCAGACAAGGCUAAGUUGAAGAAACACUACAGAAAGAUGGCUGUGUUGCUCCACCCUGAUAAGAACAAAACUGUAGGAGCUGAUGGGGCAUUCAAGCUUGUCUCUGAAGCAUGGACUAUGUUGUCAGAUACCAACAAAAGAAGCUCCUAUGAUCUGAAGAGAAACAUGAAUUUGUCUGGGGUUUUUCAGACAAACUUAUCUUCAGUUCAGACUGCUGGGUUUACAGGUUUUGACAAUUGUUCCAAGUCUUCAGACUCUCAUAAUAGACUGGAUACUUUCUGGACUGUGUGCACCUCUUGUCAUGUUCAAUAUGAAUAUCUUCGGAAGUAUGUUAAUAAAAGACUUUCCUGUAAGAACUGCCGUGGUAUUUUCGUUGCAGUAGAAACAGGAGCAGCCCCAGCAAAUGGCUCUUACCCCUAUUGUGCCUGGUCAAAUGUACCUGAUAAUGGGCAUAGAAGUCAUGGAUUUGGGGUUACAUAUAUCCCAACUACUGCUGUGUGCCUUACAGGAAAUGGGGUCUCUGGACCUCAGUCUGGGCACGGAUCUGAGUAUGCUUCUAAUGCAUCAGUUCAUUGGAGCUCAUUUCCUGGGGCCUCCACUGGAGUUGUUGAUCUUAAUGGAAUAACUACAUCAGCUGAUGUUUUUCAUCUGGUCAAUGGGAAAGUCAAAAAAACAAAAGCCAACGGGAAACAUCAUAUGAAAAAUGUUGCAGUUGAUAUGGGUUCCAAUGGGUACACCGUCUGUCAUGAACUGCCGUUCUCCAAUGUCGACCAACCCAAUAAGAAAAGGAAGGUUGAUUUGGGAAGUACUUGUCGGAAUGGAAAUGAAGCAGCAGCUUCCAGAUCCGCUUCAGAAGUGAAGGUGGUCAAUGGAAAUGGAAAUAUCAAGCAUAAUAGUAAGCCCUCUGCUCCAUGUGAAAUUCCAGCCAGACGCUGCUCAGCUGCCCCUGCGUUCGAUGCUAGAAAAUUAUUAAUUGACAAGGCGAGGACAGAAAUUCGAAAGAAACUGGAAGAAAUGAAGUUAGCAGCUGCGGCUGCUGCUAAUGAAAUGGCAGAGAAUGACAAAAAAACCCAUAUUGAAGUUAGUAAAUCCAGUGAGGCACCUAAAAGAACAGGUUUGAGUGGUCCUAGUCAUCUAUCAGACCUAAAGAAACCUGGGUCUGUGUCAAUAGUAGUCCCUGACUCAGACUUCCAUGAUUUCGACAAGGAUAGAUCAGAAGAAUGCUUCAAGCCAAAGCAAAUAUGGGCUCUAUAUGAUGAGGAAGAUGGUAUGCCUCGCCUGUAUUGUCUGAUCCGCGAGAUCAUCUCAGUGAAGCCAUUUAGGAUUCAUAUCAGUCACUUGAACUCAAAAACUGAUAGUGAAUUUGGAUCUGUGAAUUGGGUGGAUUCAGGAUUUACCAAAGCUUGUGGAAAUUUCAGGGCAUACAACUCCGAAAUUGUUGACCAAAUCAACAUCUUCUCUCAUCUUUUAAGUCGGGAGAAAGCUGGCCGGGGUGGUGGUAUUAGAAUCUACCCCAAAAGUGGGGCCAUAUGGGCUGUGUAUCGGAAUUGGUCACCAGAUUGGAACAGAACAACACCGUGUGAAGUUAGGCACCAGUAUGAGAUGGUGGAAGUUCUUGAUGAUUACUCUGAAGAGCUUGGUGUCUGUAUCACUCCUUUAAUUAAAUUAGAUGGAUUCAAGACGGUGUAUCAGCGGAACACGAACAAGGAUGCUAUUCGAUGGAUUCCAAGGAGAGAGAUGCUACGAUUUUCACACCAGGUGCCAUCUUGUUUGCUUAAAGGAGACACCACUAACUUGCCCGAUGGUUGCUGGGAUCUAGACCCUGCUGCGACUCCGGAUGAUCUUCUUCAAGCUGUAACCGAGGCACGGGCCAAAGAAAAGCCUAGUCAUGCAGAAAACUCUACUGGAACUCCAGAUGAGCUUUGUCAGUCUGGAACCAAAGUGCAGGCUCAACAAAAGCCUAGUCAUACCGAAUAUUAGGCUGCAACUCCAAAAGGGCUUCUUCGGACUGUAUCUGAAGGAAAACCUAGUCAGUCGGAACACCCUCCAAAUGAGCUUCAUGAGGCCGAAACCAAGACACUUGUUGAAGAGAAGCUCAGUCAAACAUAAAAAGCAAUGCAAGUCCAGAUGAGUGUCUUCUGACUGUAACUGAAGUACAGGGUGAAGAAAUGCCUAGCCCUGUUGCAAAUUAAGUUUGGAAGGUCCUUUUUAUCGUUGUUCUGACAAUUAUGACAUUCAGAGUGUACAGAUUUAAACCCUUAGUGAAAGGACAAUUCUCAAAACAAAGAUAGUUGAGAGGAUCAUAAAAUGAUCCACGGCAUCAAUACUUGAUUGUUUUUGCUGGGUCUAUGUUUACUGAACAAUUUGUUACUGAAUUGUCAGAUCUAUGAACUGCUAUUUAAC